UUGGAGCAUGAAGCUUCGGUUUCUCGGUGCUGAGCUCCUGUUUUUAUGUAUUUAUGAUUUUAUUUAAUGCGAACGUCACAAACGUUUCCUCCCCCCGCGGAGCUCCACAGUGGACCGACCCGGGCAACAGGAAAACAUCCUCCUCCUUCUCCUCCUCCGCCUGCUGGGGUCACAGCAGCCCCCAGCCCGGGCUUUAAAAGCAGCCAGCCGCCACCUCCUCCUUUUUCUCCUCCCUCCACCCUUCCUCCUCCUCCUGUCGGGGCUGUGAGGACGGAGCGCCUCCUCUCCUCUCAUCUCCGGUCAGCCUGAUUCUCCUGCUCGGAGAUCAGGUUCAGCUGAGGUCGCUCUCCUCUCACCGAUCUGGUGUCAGAUUUUAUGGUUGGACAGCGAUGGAGGGGGGGAGGGUGAAGCUGCUCUCCUGACUCUGAGGACAAGCGUAACCACAGCAGCCGUUAGCAGCGGCUGGGCGUCGCCCGGCUGGGCGAGCUGAUAAACAGCAGAGGGGAGGGAGAGGAAGGGAGGAGGACGACGAGAUGAAAGGAGGUGGUGGGGGACGGUCAGAGGAAGGAUGGAGGAUAUCCUCCCCCAGCUCUCGUGUUGUUUAGGUAGAAGGUGUGCCCCCUCCCCUCUGACAGCCUCGCUGUGACUCUCCAGCAGUCGUCCGUCCUCAGCAGCUCCAAACACCGUCUGAGCCUCACCGCGGCAACCUGAACAUCACCACAAGUCUGCGUCUACUUCCUGAAACUCUUCGCAGCCAAUCAGAGAGCUUACUGGAGAGACCAAACUGAGAAAUCUGCUUAAAUCAGGUCGGAGCGACUUUCGUGUCCACAGCUAUGCAGAAGGUGGAGGGACAGGUAACUCCGGUCAACCUGCCGUCCUCGAGAGGCCCGAGCACCCCGGGGUCUCCGGCGACAGGCAUCGUGGCCCGUGUCAAUGACCAGGUGGUGGGCUACAGAGACCUGGCGGCGCUGCCCAGAGAUAAAGCCAUCCUGCAGGUGGAGAGACCGGACCUGAUGACCUACCAACCCCACCUGAGCUUCUCCCCGCUCGACCCGCCACGCAGAGAGGUGCAGAGAUCUCUGUCUCCUCCAUCCACGUCUCCAGCCUUGUCUCCAACCAUGUCUCCUGAGGUGAAGGGGCGCAGGGCAGAAAGUGAGAGCGGUUCUCCUGGAGGAUCCACGCUGCAGCUGCAGGCCGGACGCAAGAUUAGCACAAGCCUGCAGCAUUUCCACCGACCAGAUAACGGGACCAACAUUUACAGGAAGCCUCCCAUCUACAAACAGGACGCUCACAAACACGGCGAGGGCAGCGGCGUCAUCCAGUCAGCAAAGUUUCCCGCAGCCCAGCCACCAGAUCCCAACCAGCCCUCCAAGAUUGAGACAGAGUACUGGCCCUGCCCACCCUCGCUGGCCGCAAUGGAGAUCGAGUGGCGGAAGAAGAAGAAGGAGCUGCAGGAGGAAGACGAGUUUGAGGACCUGACAGAAGAAGCGAAGACGCUCCAGGAACAGGAGCUGGAGAAGAUCAAGUCCAACCUGGGCCGUCUGAUCCUGAAGGAGGAGAAGGAGAAAGCCGUCCAUUUCAGGAGGAAGACGCAGUCAUUGCCCGACAGAACGCACAUGCACGGCAGUUUGUCAGCAGGUGCCUCCAAGUCUCCAUCACGCUCAGGAUCAGGCCUGACCCGAAUGCAGUCGGCAGAGUUUUCCACAGAUGGCGAUAAAGGACGGCCAGUUGCUCAGAACGGAGACGCUCGCAGGGAGCGCAUGGACCGAGGAAACUCUUUGCCGAGCAUCCUGGAGCAGAAGAUCUACCCCUACGAGACGCUUGUUGUGACCCACAGAGGGCGCUGUAAGCUGCCUCCAGGCGUGGACCGCACUCGGCUUGAGCGGCACCUGUCCCCGGAGGAGUUUGAGCAGGUGUUCGGGAUGCCGAUGGCCGAGUUCGAGCGCCUCUCGCUGUGGAAACGAAAUGAACUGAAGAAGAAAGCCUCGCUUUUCUAACAGGAAGUGACCUCAUCCCAACAAAUACUUGAUGAAGCUUUCAAAGUAGGAGGAGAACAAAUAAAAUAUCCAAUUCUCAGACACACACAGAGCCAAUCACCUCACUCCGACACGUCCUCCAUCUUCCUAACCAAUCGGGCUCCUGGACGCUUGCCGAGGAGCAGACCAGUCCUGGUUAACCCUUUACUGCAACUAACCUUAACCGAUGCACUGAUUACCUGUGCUGCACAUAUAAUCACCACUGCUUACAGAUCACCACCUUAUCUUCAUCAUCUUCAUCACAUGUAAUCUCUGUAGCUCUGUCUCCUCACGUGGAUUAUUCCCGGCUCCGGGUCUGAUCCACGUCAGGGACCUGCUGCGGGUCCCUCAGAUUUCACACCAUCUUCAGGUGUUACGCUAACAUGAAGCUGCUUCACUUUCAUCCUUGUAGUUAGACAGUUAGAUGGGAUUAUUAGUGGGAUAGUAAAAAUGAAAAUGACUUCUUACAGCUUUCCCAAUCAUUUCCAGGUCUAGGAAAGUCAUUAUGGACACCUCAUAAGGAUUUGCGGAAAGAGCAGACCUCAAUCUCCAGCGUAUCCUGGGUCUGUUAGUCAAACCUCAGAUUCAGGGGGAUCAUGAUCUGUAUUUACAGAGCUUUCUUUUUAGUGACGGCCCAUUAUCACAGGCUCAGCACAUUCUGCUGAUGAAGGAAGCCUGCAGCUCCUCCACGAUCCUUCACAGAUCUUCAGAGCAGCUCUGGGAGUUGCAGAGACUUCAGGAUGUCUGAAACCCUCCAGGCUGCUUCAGGCUGGCUGUAAUUCCCUGGAAGACCAGCAGAGGGCACUCUAAGCUUGCCAUCAGCCUGUUCUGUCAGCUGCAGAGAAGCAGGCUGCUCCUGGUGAUGAUUGUGGUCCUGCAGCUUCAUGGUAGCGGUCCGGGUCUAACAGCUGAUUGUAAUGAUGAACCACAUGCAGCUUUUAUUUAUUGGACGAUUGUACUUUUUCUGCAUUUGUCUGCUACUGUGAAGCGUUUUAUUUUGAAAAUCUUGUUGAAAAUAUUUUUGGCUGUAUAGUUUUUUUCUGUUUUUAAAUAUUACUCCACGUGGAGUUCAGACCACACACACCUGCAGUUCCUGCUAGCUCACCUGGUGUCACCUGUGCCGUCUCAUCCAUCCCUUGCAGUCCUGUUUCUGUCCUCUGAUAUAAUGGAGACCAUUAAACUUGCAGAGAAACA